UGCAACAAAAAAAGUAACAGUCACAGACCCAUGAACGCAUCAAGCCGACGCAGGACCAGCUUUCGCGCAUGCGCUCUGGACUACAGAAGCGUAUUAGUUAACUGGACCGGCAGACUGAAGGGAAAUAAGCAGCCAGAAGCCAUGGAGACAACACCAGCGAAGUCAAAUGGAGCUGGUCCUGUACAUGAGGAUAAAGAAGAGAAGCCCAGUCCUGAUGAUCUCUCAGAGGUGUUGGCAGCAGGGACAAAGGACGUUCAUGAAAAAGCAGAAAACACACAGUUUGUGAAGGAUUUCCUUCGAGGACGCAUUCGUAAGGAACUUUUCAAGCUUGGUGCGGUGGCGCUCUACUACACAUACACAGCAAUAGAGGAGGAAAUGGAAAGGAACAAGGACCACCCUCAAAUCGCCCCAAUCUAUUUCCCGUCAGAGCUGCACCGCCAUGAUGCUCUGGGCCGAGACCUCCAGUACUUCUAUGGCCAUGACUGGCAGGACCAGAUCAGCUGCUCACAGGCCACCCAGCACUAUGUGGAGCGGAUCCACCAGGUUGGGCGGGAUGACCCGGUGCUGCUGGUGGCUCACGCCUACACCCGCUACAUGGGGGACCUGUCAGGCGGACAGGUGCUGAAGAAAGUGGCGCAGAGAGCUUUGAAGCUCCCCAGCACCGGAGAAGGACUGGAAUUUUAUCAGUUUGAUGCCAUCCAUAGUGCCAAAGCAUUCAAGCAGCUGUACCGAAGUCGGAUGAACGAAAUAGAACUGGACAGUGCGACGAAGAAGAAGCUUGUGGACGAGGCGGUCAAGGCUUUCCACUUUAACAUGGAGGUGUUUGAGGAGUUGGAGGAAAUCGGCAAAACCAUUAAGGACGAAGUUUUAGAUGCCGGGAUGCCAGUCCAUGGAGAGAUGGGUGGAGACAUCAGCAAAUGUCCUUACUAUGCGGCGAAAAUGGCGGCGACCGGUGGAACUGCAUACGCCUGUCAGGUUGCCAUGGCGAUGCUCCGGAACCCAACAGGCCAGGUCCUGUUCGCCACCUGGUUCGCGGCUCUGGCCGGGCUGGCUGCUUGGUAUCUCAUGUGAUCCAUCUGCUGCUGUGAGAGAAACGAUAAAGGAUGCGGAUGCACAAACUCAGCGAUCAUUUCAGACCAAACCCAUCUGGAUGCCUCAAAAAAAAAAACCCUUACCUGCCGUUGGAAAUAACUUUGUCCUUGCGCUCCGAUUGGUCCUCUGGCUUGUAAAAGUCUACCUCCUUCAGACUCUCCUGCGUCCUGCCAUCCAUCAUGUUAGGAAGCUGCCUCCCGAUUUCAACUUUCAAAGGCAAUAGUGGCUAGAUAGGAAGUCAUGAGGACUCUAGUGUUUUGCUUUUAGCCUAGCAGGUUAUUUGACAGUAUAAAAUGUUAUUACCACGUCCUUAAAAUGUGAUGCACGUCUCUACAUUUAUGUAGGAAACUGGCCUGUUCGUAGAUUAAAACAUGAUUCACUUAUUCAGUCAGAUACUGAUGCACGUUCUGCAUACUCCGCUUAACUCAACGCUGCCUGUUUGAGCUGCUACUAAAUAUUCAUGCCCGCGACCCGUUUAAAUGGCCAAACUACACAUCUAAAGCUCAGUUUUGGUGGCUUUAUUUUCAGUGUGUGAUUUGUGGAUGUCACUGAAACGGUUUUAUUUAUUCAGUCAUGAUGCAUAUAUCGAGUGUUUUUAGCACUCCUUUCACAAUAUACUGGGAAAUCGUGUUCUGUACAUAUGCAAUGGAGUAUUGUGGUUCAAUUAUUCUGACUUUGACGGACGCCAUUUUCAUCAUGUGACUGCGGUUCUGGUACAGGGCAUCCCACAAGUGGAUGUUUCAUGUUCCUCUUGUGACGCUGGUUUUGUUUGUUCCAAAAGACGGAAGUGAUUGUGUGUUUCAGUAUUGAAGAGACUCAGGUUUAUAUUUGUGACAUGGGAUCUUGAUGAAUUGCACAAGUGGGAUGAUGUGUACGGGCAGUUUUGAAGAUUUUAAAUCAAAAUGUCAUUUAUUUUCAUCUUUUUGAAAAAGCUUUAAUGCCCUAUGUGCUCCCGAUAUAUAAAAUGCAUCGCACCGUGAUGCCCCAUGAAUAAAAAAAGUCUACUAA